AUGGGUGACGACAAUGGCGAAGCAGGCAAGGACGCCACGAUCCCUGUCCUCACUCCCUACAAUAUGGGCCGCUGCCAGCUCUCCCACAGGGUGGUCCUCGCUCCCCUGACACGGUGCCGGUCCUUCGGCUGCGUGCCGCAGCCGCACGCCGCCGUGUACUACGCCCAGCGCGCCACCAAUGGCGGCCUCCUCAUCGCCGAGGCCACCGGAGUCUCACGCUCCGCGCUUACCGAAAUGCUUGCUUUUCCCCGAGAUCAAGGACCGGAGCUCAGGUAUCCAGACAGCCCUGGGAUCUGGAACCGGGAGCAUGUGGAGGCGUGGAAGCCGGUCGUCGACGCCGUGCACGCCAAGGGCGGAGUGUUCUUCUGCCAGCUAUGGCACACCGGCAGAGCGUCCAAGUGCCAGUUCCAGCCGAACGGGCAGGUGCCCGUCUCCAGCACCGACCGGCCCAUCGCGCCUAGGCAAAGCGAGGACGGCCUUUCGGUGACAACCUACCCCGUGCCGAGGCGGCUGGACGCUGAAGAGAUCCCUGCCGUCGUCGACGGCUUCAGGAUCGCCGCCCGGAACGCCAUUGAAGCCGGGUUCGACGGCGUGGAGAUCCACGGGGCGCACGGCUACCUGAUCGACCAGUUCCUCAAGGACGGCGUCAACGACCGCGCCGACGCGUAUGGCGGCAGCCUGGCCAACCGCUGCCGCUUCGCGCUCGAGGUCGUGGCGGCCGUGGCGCGCGAGGUCGGCGCGGGCCGCGUCGGCGUCCGGCUCUCGCCCUACACCGAGUACAUGGAUGCGGCGGACUCGGACCCGGACGUGCUCGGCCUCCACAUGGCGCGCGCGCUCGGCGACAUGGGCGUGCUCUACCUCCACGCCGUGGAGCCGCGCAUGCUGCGCCCCCUCGAGCGCGGGGAGACGAAGCACAGCCUUCGGCGGAUGAGGGACGCGUUCCGCGGCACGUUCAUCGUCGCCGGCGCGUACACGAGGGAGGACGGCAACCACGCCGUCGCCAACGAGUACGCCGACCUAGUGGCGUACGGGCGGCUGUUCCUGGCGAACCCAGACCUGCCUCGGCGGUUCGAGCUCGACGCGCCGCUCAACGGGUACGACCGGAAGACGUUCUACACGCCAGACCCGGUCAUCGGGUACACGGACUACCCGUUCCUCGAUGAUCUCCCCAAGCGAUGA